CAGGACCUUUUCCAAGUUAUUGUUAACUAGUUUUCGUAUAUCUGAACCAAACGACUAAUUUCCGUGUUUUCGAGUAUGGCAGACAUUAAAACAAGAUCCAUUUUCUUCCUUAUUCUGUGGAACUGUUUAAUUAAAAAUGGACAGACAAUGUUUCAGCCACAUCCAAAAUGCCAACAAAUUUCGGUUCCUCUGUGUAAGGAUUUAUCGUACAAUUAUACUGUCAUGCCAAAUCUUUUACACCAUCAGAAACAAGAGGACGCUGGAUUAGAAAUACAUCAGUUCUUCCCCCUUGUGAAAGUCGAAUGCAGUCCUCAGCUGAAGUUUUUCUUAUGUACGCUGUAUUUACCGAUGUGUUCAGCUCAAGGAGAACCGAUUCCGCCUUGUCGCUCCAUAUGCAACGAUGCUAGAUCUGGAUGCGAAACGCUGAUGACAAAAUUUGGAUUUCAAUGGCCGCAGAGUUUAGCUUGUGAAAAUUUUUCAGAAAAUCGUACAUGUGCUCGAGAUAAUAUGCCUCAUCCUCAAGAAAUUGCCACAUAUUCUCCAACAGUCAAAGAAAGAAAUACAAGUAUGAGUCCUCAAACAUUGUCUCCGCCAUAUGCAAAAUGCCAAGUGAUUUCAAUAGACAUGUGCAAAGACAUGCCCUACAAUUAUACAAUAUUGCCAAAUAUUUUAAACAUCCAACACCAAGAUGACGCUAGAUUACAGCUGUUAACGUUCACCCCUCUUAUACAAUAUGGAUGCAGUCCUAAGCUUAAAUUUCUUCUAUGUGCAUUGUAUGUACCAAUGUGCACAGAACAAGGAGAAGCUAUUCAACCCUGUCGCUUCAUUUGUAAAGACGUUAGAAAGGACUGUGAGAAGGUAUUGGAGAGUUUUGGAUUUCCGUGGCCACAGAGCUUAACAUGUGAAAAACUUCCAGAAAGUGGUAAAUGCUCUCAAGAAAAUAUGCCUGAUCAAAUAGAAUCAAACAACCAUUCUUCUAUAAAACGAGGUAAAUAUCAUUAUUUUUAUAGCUUAGUAUGAAGUGAAAAAGACAGGACAAAAUAUACUUAAAUUAAAAUACAGGCAUUUUGGUGAGAUUUAAUUGUCUAUACAGUGCUGCUUCUAAAAAAUCUAAUUUAACAGAAAUAUAAAAUCGCUUAUGCAUGUUCAUGCAAGAGGCUUGAAAGGAUCCUUUCUCUAUUCAAAUUGUAAGCAAUGUGGAAGAGAGAGAGAGAGAGAGAGAGAGAGAGAGAGAGAGAGAGAGAGAGAUUCUCUUUCAAUCAAAUGUCAUUGCAUAUACUCUGCUUUGAAAAAUUUAACCUCUUUAACAAGCAUUUUAAUUUUUUUCGCAUCGCUUCCUAUUUCUAUGUUAUGAAUCACUUUGCUUGCAGUACAUAUAUUCGUCGAAAUACAUCGUGUUUCAAAUAAUAUCGUUUAUACAGUGACCGUUGGUAAUUGAUAAAAUAUAUGUAAAAUGUAUUUUAAUGAUUGAAAGAUUUCUCGGUUAUUUGAACAUACUAAGAUUGUAUUUGGUCUGUAUAUGGAUAGGAGGAAAAACUGGAGGCAUUACGUCUUUCUGAAUUCAUUGUGUCGUAUUUAUUCAAAUAUUUUUAAGCUCUUCUAUCCACUGCACAUGUUUCACCUAUAAAAUUAGAAAAUGCAUUGUUUUCAAUCCAUGAAUCAUUUCUGCAUCAUUUCAUUUUUAUAGGAAGGUGCAGGCCCUUUUAAUUUCUAAGUGCAUUUAGUUUUUGAUGUCAGUCUUAUCUGCCAUAUAAUUAAGCAUUUUACAAUACUCAACAAACAUCAAGGCCAAAAGCUUUGCUGUAUAUUAAUGGAUUAACUUUAAAACUAUGUUGAAAUACUACUUAAUUCGUCUCAUAAAUAUUGAAAAGGGAAGGCCGAAUCCUGUUUAAUAUUCUACGGAUAUAAAAAGUAUAUUUGUAAUGAUAAUUACAAAAGAUUACAUGAAAGUAACAAACAGAGGUAUCAGAUUAGUAUUUAUAUUAAUUAUUGUUGAUAAUACCGUCAUUACAUCGUUGUCUAUUCGUUAAGGUCCAUACUUCUGCACAUCGAAAUUUUAAUAUAUUUAUGAACCGGAAUCUCUCAAGCUGUUGUUACCCUUUUGGGUGCUUAUAUCCGUAGCGCUCUCCAAUGUACGUUGUCUGUUACUUCACAACGUAGAUCGAACUGCUGUUGAUUUUUAAACAAUUUAUGAUGAAAUUAUGGAACAGUUUGAUGAUUUAAAAUUGCAACGUACAAGUAAGUAUUGAAAUUGAAAGGUAAGAUACUUUCUAUAUUUAACAGAUGAUGAAAAGGCCACUUUUAUGUGAAAAUAGAAGAUUCAUUCCAGUACAAAUAAAAAAUUUAGCACU